GUAGAUCGAUCGACAGUGUCUCCCAAGUGCCUCCCCUUCUAAUGGUUGAGGAACAACAGGAACUUGUCAGUCUUCAGAAGUGCCUUGAGGGCAUCGAGAGCGACAGUGACGAACAGAGUGCCAGUGACCAGGUCGGCCCGGUCAGACAUUGGAAAUGGAUGAAGUGGAUUGCCGUGACCUCGAUGGCCUUUGGAUCUAUCUAUGGAUUUAGCAAAUGCUUCCAUCAACGACUAGUGAAGGGCACAGCAAUCGAUGACGUCACUGGACUUUACGAGAUGCCACCAGGUGCUGGUGUGAAUCUUGGAGGUUGGCUAGUUCUUGAAGAUUGGUUCUUCUCGGGCAGUUCUGGCAGCUUUGUGAUGUCGCAAGGCGUGGGCCAAGGCCAAUGUCUUCCUCCGCUGUUGCCACAUUCUGAUGAACCGUGGCCUUCUGAGGGAGUCCUGGCAUACCGCUUGAACGCCACCAAGGGAAAGGACCAAACUCUGAAGAUCUUUGAGGCGCACCGGAGAGAAUUCUUAGCGGAUGACGACCUGCAGAAGAUCGCAGAGAGCGGAAUCUCCGUGAUUCGAUUGCCGCUUACCUGGGCAGCUUUUGCCGAUGCUUUGGCGCCAUUGAGCCCUGUCUAUGCGUCCUUCGAUCCUGAUGAGGAGACGGCAUUGGUACCUGAUCCUUUCUAUGUGGACAAGAUAGCGCUGGCCACCAUUCCUAGAAAGAUCUUGGUGGAUUUUUUGCACAAAGCCUCAAAGCAUGGGCUGACGGUGAUUUUCGAUUUGCACGCCUUUCCAGGCGGUGCCCAGGACGGAACGUACAACACGGUGUGGCCAAAUCGGCCGGUCUUCUGGAGCGAGAAGACUCAAAUCUCCAAGGAUCCUGCAGAUCCUGUUCCGCUAUCAACAGUAGGCCGCUGGGUGGUGCAGGCGUUGAUCAAAUGGGUGGAAGCCUUGGAUCCAGAAACACAAAAAGCGGUCCAUGGCUUAACCCUGAUGAAUGAGCCCGCACACACCAAUGCUUGGAGCCAUUUCGCUGAGGAGCAGAAUGUUCUCACUUGGCUUUCAGAAACUUCAGGAGACUUUAGGACUUCAAGCCUGCCUGCUGCAAAUGUGAAGCUCUACGUGAAUCUCAUUGAAACGGCUUUUUCUGCGUUUGAGCACUCUGCAGUGCCUUGGUUUCUUCAGACCUUCACGAAGGAAGAACAGAAAACAUGGGCUGUUGCAGAUGUGCAUUGGUAUGUGGCAUGGAGCAGCGGCGAUUGCGAUGGCCGCUCUGUGGAGGGUGGAGGUUUCCACUGCGCUGCGCCAAUGCCGCAGGUCAAGGAGAAGUUGCACCUCUGUGCGAGCAGCGCUUCUCAGCGUCUUCGGCACCUCUUCGGCGAUGCGCAGGUCUCGGUGACGGAGUUCUCAGCGGGGACUUUUCACAAAGCCAGGUAUGCAUGCCAUGACUCGCAGCUCCUACGAGCCUUCAUUGAGGAGCAAGUGACAUCGUUUCGGUCUGAGACCGCAUCCAACCAUUUUUUUGGACGUGGAAGAUGCCAUUUGGUCCGAACUUUGAGGCCGGUUGGAGUCUCAAGUAUCUGCUCGGCUUGGAAGAUUCAAAACUUGGCCAGCAAUGUGAUCCAAAAUCGAGCAAUGAGAACGUGCAUUUUUGAUGUGGGAUGCUUGGCCCAUCAAUGAUGUGUGGGCUUUCAAUGCCACAUAUCCUGAGUUAGCGGCCUUUUUCUUGUGCACUCUUGGGACACCCCAGCACGAAAAUUUGUGCAACAAGUCGCAAGUAGGUUUGUGGCGCGGGUUUUUCUCCCGGCUGUGCGCACUUUCUGAACCAUGCAGAUGUAUAGCCUGCAAAGUCUGUUCCAGAUCUGACAGCCACUGUACAGCUGACCUCAAAGAGGUCAAGCCGAAGGCAAAUCUGGACAUGACUCCGAUGGCGAACACAUUCCGUGAUCCCAUCGAGGAAUCACGCUAUGCCUUCACCACUUUUUAUAUCCUGUGAUAUCCCGUGCUUUUUGUAAAUACCUCAGAGGUAUAGCAUGGAAGCUCUGCAGCUGCUGGCUCUUUUGAUAGCCCCUUUGAAAGGCCUCCAAGUCUUUGGGACUUGGAUGGCCGGAAGUGCUGCAGAGAAUUGUAAUUUCUUUUUGCUGAAUGAUUUUCAUGACCUGGCAGUUGCCGAACGAUCAUGGACCAAAA